AAGUCCAUUAGUUUAACCCCUUCCAGUCCGGACACUUUCCCCCCCCCCUUCCAGUCCGGACACUUCCCCCCCUUCCAGUCCGGACACUUCCCCCCCCCUUCCAGUCCGGACACUUCCCCCCUUCCAGUCCGGGACACUUCCCCCCCUUCCAGUCUGGACACUUCCCCCCGCUUCCCCCCCCCCUUCCAGUCCAGACACUUUCCCCCCCCGGACACUUCCCCCCCUUCCAGCCGGACACUUCCAUCCGCUUCCCAGUCCGGACACUUCCCCCCCUUCCAGUCUGGACACUUCCCCCGCUUCCAGUCCAGACACUUUCCCCCCCUUCCAGUCCGGACACUUCCCCCCCUUCCAGUCCGGACACUUCCCCCGCUUCCAGUCCGGACACUUUCCCCCCCUUCCAGUCCGGACACUUUUCCUCCCCUUCCAGUCCGGACACUUCCCCCCUUCCAGUCCGGACACUUCCCCCACUUCCAGUCCGGACACUUUCACCCCCCAGUUCCAGUCCGGACACUUUCCCCCCCUUCCAGGCCGGACACUUUCCCCCCCUUCCAGGCCGGACACUUUCCCCCCCUUCCAGUCCAGGCCAAUUUUCAGCUUUCAGCGCUAUCACACUUUGAAUGA